GGCGGCGGGGAGGCGGCCGAGGCGUGGGGACGGCGCCGGGAGGCGGGAGCAGUCCCGCUGCAGCUGCGGCCGCGGAAGGAGGCGGUCUGGGCUCGGCUCCGCGGGCCCCCAGGCGCGACCAGCGACGGGUCCCUACCUACGCAGGUCAGCAAAGGCUUCCUGAAGAUCCUCAAGAAAUAGAGUGCCCAGGGCCACUCUGACAGCUUGCCCUUUACUGCUCAUCCGCCCGCGGUGGGCAGGGUCCUGAGCUGGGGUUUAUGGACUCAUCCCUCGUCUUCCUUCCUCAUCCUUGCAAUAGCCCCUCAAGCCCCUUGCUGUAUCCAUCACCCCCAAGUAACAGACUUCACGUCAACGAAUAAGCUGAGUACGCUCAACUAGAAGAGAAGCAGAGACAAAGUCAUCAUGGCUUCGGUGUCUACUCAUGGAAAUCAAGAUAAAGGCCCCCAUUUGCCACCACCAAGCAAGCAGGAGGCAACUGGGUCUCAAGGACACCAGGCAGGCAAAGGGAGUGAGGAGCACUGCAGGCAGGAUGAGCCGCAUGGACGGAAGCUGGGGAGUCUAUUAUUUUGUCCAAAAUCAAAACUGCACAUCCACAGAGGAGAGAUUUCAAAGAUUAUCCGAGAGUGUCAAGAAGAAAGCUUCUGGAAGAGAGCUCUGCCUUUUUCUCUUGUGAGCAUGCUCGCCACCCAAGGACUAGUCCACCACGGUUAUUUAGCAUCUAAUCCAAGAUUUGGAUCAUUGCCCAAAGUUGCACUUGCGGGUAUCUUGGGAUUUGCCCUUGGAAAGGCAUCAUACAUACGAGUGUGCCAGAGUAAAUUCCAUUCCGUCGAAGAUCAGCUCCGUGGGGCUGGUUUUGGUCCAGGGCAUAACAGGCACUGCCUGCUUACCUGUGAGGAGUGCAAAAUCAAGCACGGAUUACACGAGAAGGGAAGCUCUCAGCCUUCAGCUUCUUAAACUUGUCUCUAUGGCUUUGGAAGUUCCUUAAACCUCUCUCUGAAUUUGUACACAUUUAGAAUUUCAAGUGUGCUUUAAAAUAACAUAUGUAUAGUGGAACAGAAACAUUGUGCUUCUCUCUUUUUGACAUGCUUUCUGGGGAAGAUCCUCAAUUGAAGUGAGCAGUAUAUGUUUGUCUGCGAUUUGAGAACUUGUCGGGGGCAUUCACACACCAAAAAAGAAAUUACAUUGCAUUCCUUAACUUGCUUACAGCUGAGUAAAAGCACUUCAAGUCUUCGCUGAUUUGGGCCAUCCAUUCUUUCACUCUGCUUUUGUCCAGGGUUUUAAGAUCGCGGAUACAGGAUGGGAGUGAAUAUUCAGGAACUUGGAAGCCAUGCCCCAAAGAAAACCAAUGUGUAUAGAGGUAGAAACAGGACAAGAAAGACUGUGUCUUAUAGGUUUGAGAAGUGCUUUCUAAAAUAUAGGAACCAAGAUGUUUAAGUUGAUAAAAAAUAUUUCCCUUGAAAGAGUCAGAAUUUGAACCCACUGCCCUUUCAGUGACAUAGAUGACUUUGUGCCUCAUUGGUGUGGUGAAGUUUUGGAAGAACCCAUCAUCUUUAGGUUACUUGUUUAGCAUGCUCAUGGUCAGCACUAAAGAACUGGGUUCUUAAACUUGACUUUCCAAACUGCCCCUCCUUCUCCCAAGGAACAAUUUGUUUAUGGGAACGAUCACUUGGAGAAUUAAUUCACGGAAUGACAAACUUUUGGGGCUAUAAGGAGCUCAGAAGCAGCCAAUCCAACCCCAGGAGUUGGAUUCCUAUUCUCCUACCAGGUUUUCUGCAUGAAAAAACCAACCAACCAACCAGCCAGCUAACCUCUUGCACUGGAGACCUUGCAUUUUAUGGCGAGUUGUCUGAGACCUUCAUAAACAUUUAAUUUGCAUCUUCGCAUUUUCUCAGGAAAAUGCUUUAUGUAUGUGUCGCCAUUUAUUUACUGGUUUGUGUGUGUGUGCGUGCACACUUGUGCAUACGUGUACCUGUUUGUAUUAAUACAUCUUGAAACCAUGUAUAAAAAGGAAAAUCUCAUCAGAAGUUA